AAACCAGGCUGAUGAGCACAGGGCAGCCUGCCCCGUGGAGCGGAAAAGCCGCCACAGAGAGGGUAGGGUCCAGGGGAGCGGCAAGCCCCCCCCCCCCAGGCUCCCAGAACUCUAGGAACAAGCUUUGGGGCGAGGAAAACGAAGGUGUUAUUUCUCUCUGCCGUUCACUUAAUUGUGUGGUCUUGGGCCUCAGUUUCCUCAUCUGAAAAAUGGGACAUGAAAGCCUACAUCAAGAAUUAAAAAGAAGAAAAAGAAUCGGCAAGUGAGGGUGUCUGCCCUUGGAAAGACCCCAGUACAGGGGCUUCCGUUAUGAUUCUCGUUCUCACUGGCAUCCUUUUCUGCAAGUGGGGCUAACCCAGGAGCACUCAGCUCCUAGGUGGCGAUGGGGCCAAAGGAGGCCGCGCUUGUGAAACCCUGCGGGCCGGCCCAGCGCUGACUGCGGAGCGUGGUAGUUGCUCAGUCACAACUGUGGUACAAACCUCCAUGAGCCGGUCCCACACAGCCCUGCUGGGCCUGGGCCUGCUGCUCAUGCUGCUACUGUACCUGGGGCUGCCAGGCCCCCCUGAGCACACUUCCUGGCUCUGGGGCGACCCCAAUGUCACAAUCCUGGCCGGUCUCACCCCUGGCAACUCCCCCAUCUUUUACCGCGAGGUGCUCCCACUCCACCGGGCACGAAGGGUGGAGGUGGUGCUGCUCCACGGGAAAGCCUUCACCUCGCGCACGUGGGAGCAGCUGGGCACGCUGCAGCUGCUGGCGCACAGGGGCUACCGGGCCGUGGCCCUUGACCUCCCAGGUGAGAGCCCCGCCCUGGUCUGGGGAGGCAGCCGGCAGCAGGUCCAAGGGGUGGCUUCCCAGAGGGGGACGUGGGGGGGAAGAAAGCCCUGAGAUGUGGCCAGUUGCAUCUGGACCCCUGUAUGUGGACGAGCAGUGACAGGUCACAAUACAAGAUGGCACAGGAAAAGGUCUCUCUGUAUUUCCUACCUGUAAACGUGGGGAUUGUUGCACAUCACCAAGCAAGUGGACCGUGCCUCACUUCAGGGGGAGACCUCACCAUAUUUUUUAUGACCAACCAGAGAGCUUUUUGGUGUGUUUUUUUUUUAGCUGUCAAAGGCUUUAUGCUAUCACUCUUGACAUUAAAAAAUCAAACAAGCCCUGGCUGGUUUGGCUGAGUGGAUAGAGU